UCUUCUCUCUGCUAUGUUAUUAUCCCAAGAACCCCAGGACUUGCUGCAAGCUUACUCUCAAAUAUAGGCAAUCUCACCAUCUUCACUUCAUCUUCUGGCUAGUUGGUUUCUUUACGAACAUGGCAGCAGAAAAAUCAGAAGCCGCUAAUGCUGUUUCACUAGUGCAGCACUUCUUCAAACAAGACGAAGAGUUAUCCCAGGAAUGCCAAAAUCUCAUUACGACCUUACCCACGGAAUCAGAUUGGUUUUCAGUCCAGAUCUACCAAUACCAAGGUUUCUGGCACAUGAAGAGCCUCAUUCAAGGAAUCCUCAAUUGCCAGAACCACUUCCAAGCCCAUGACUCAGACAUUCUCAUUGUCACGCCGCUAAAAUGUGGCACCACUUGGCUCAAAGCCCUCGUUUUCUCCAUCCUCAACCGCAAGAAUGCAUAUAAUAUGAACCCGAAUCUCGACCCCACUCGAACCAGUAUUGAACCACACCCUCUUCUCUCUGCCAACCCUCAUGUUCUGGUGCCAAAUCUUGAGUUUGAUCUCUAUUUUAACACUACCAAUCCUGAUCUGAGCUCAUUCCAAUCACCAAGGCUCCUUUCUAGCCAUCUACCAUACGUUUCGUUGCCAGAGUCAGUAAAACAGUCAAGAUGUAAGAUAGUGUACUUGUGUCGAAACCCUAAGGAUGUGUUCGUGUCGCUCUGGCACUUCAUGAAUAGAUUAAGGCCAGAGGUUGAAGAGUUGAACACAAUGGAGUAUUUGUUUGAGAAGUUUUGUCGAGGAGUGACUUUUUUUGGGCCAUUUUGGGAUCAUGUGUUGGGGUACUACAAGGAGAGUUUGGAGAGGCCAGAGAGGAUAAUGUUUUUAAAGUAUAAGGAGCUUAAGAGUGAGCCAGUUAGGGUUUUGAAGGACUUGGGAAAAUUUAUAGGGUAUACUUUCUCUGAGAAAGAAGAGAAUAAUGGUGAUGUUGUGGGUGAUAUAUUAAGGCUUUGUAGUUUUGAGAGUUUGAGAAAUUUGGAAGUGAAUAAAAGCGGAAAAUUGGAUUCUGGGGUAGAAAAUAAGGCUUAUUUCAGACGUGGAGAAGUUGGAGAUUGGAAGAAUUUUUUCACAAUUGACAUGAUCAAACAGAUUGAGGCUAUUACUGAAGACAAGUUUGGAAAACAUGGCUUGAAGUUUUAGACCAACAUGAUCCUUGCAGUCCACUCAAAAUAUUAAGGUGUAUUUCAAUUUAAUUGGCAAAGAAAGGAGGCUUAAGGUUUGGAGGUGGGAGAGGCUAAGGGUUCAAACCUUGGCUUUAUCAUAUUUUACAACAAAUAUGUGACGUGGUGCGUGGUGGCGGCGUAGCAUAUGAGGUGGCUUGAGGGGGCACACAUGUGGUAGGUGACGUGGCAUGAGAUGGUAGUGUGGCACAUGAGGUGGCUUGAGGAAGUGCACAUGUUGCAUGUAACAUAGCAUGAGAUGGCUAAGUGAUGUAACAUCAUCUGUCGAACACAUGGCCUGUGACGUGGCACAAGAUAGAAAAUGACGUGGCAUCAUCUGUUGCAUAUAUGACAGGUGACGUGACAUCAUUUGAUGCACAUGUGGCAAAGUGA